AUGGAGUCAGACUGUAACAACCAAUCAUCAGUUAAAGUAUUUGUCUUCCAGUCUUUCCCAGUCCACCGUGAAAUGCAGAUCUUCUCAUUUGUGGUCUUAUUUCUCACAUAUCUCCUCACCCUCAUGGGAAACAUUGUCAUCCUUUCCCUUAUAUGGACUAAUCAAAGCCUUCACACUCCAAUGUAUUUCUUCCUCAGCAAUUUGUCUUUCCUGGACAUCCUCUUCACCACAGUGAUCGCUCCCAAGAUGCUCUCCAACCUUCUGGCGGAACAGAAAAUCAUUUCUUUCAGUGGCUGCAUCAUACAGACUUAUUUCUAUUUCUUCCUGGGGACUGUGGAGUUCAUCCUUCUAGCUGUCAUGUCCUUUGAUCGUUACGUGGCCAUAUGCAACCCACUAAGAUACACUGUAAUUAUGAAUGGACGGGUCUGUUUUUUGAUGGUUUUGGGAUGUUGGGUGGGAGCCUUUCUGUCAGUUCUUUCUCCUACAGUUGUUGUCUCCAGACUUCCUUUCUGUAAGCAUUUCAUCAACCACUUCUUCUGUGACAUUGCGCCAUUGUUGGAGGUGGCGUGUGUGAACACCCAUUUCAUAGAACUCCUAGAUUUCUUGAUGUCUUCCUUAGUGGUCCUCAGCUCCUUGAUGCUCACUGUGGUAUCUUACACUUACAUCAUCUCUACCAUCCUCAAAAUCCCUUCUGGAAAAGGGAGACAGAAGGCCUUUUCUACCUGUGCCUCUCACAUCACUGUGGUCACCAUUGCUUAUGGAAGUUCUAUCUUUAUGUAUGUCCGUCCAAAUCAAAGCAACUCCCUUGCCUUUGAUAAGGUUGCUGCUAUCCUGACAACAGUGGUGACCCCUCUUUUGAAUCCCUUUAUAUAUAGUCUCAGGAAUGAGAAAGUGAAAGAAGUGUUGAAGGAAGCCAUAAAACGGGGUCUGUAUAAGGAUAUGUCGUCAUGA